AAUUCCGAAUGUCAGUGCUCCAAGUAAAAUUAAACUGUCAGAUACUGUUAAAAUUUCCCACCCGGUUUCAAUUGAAUUUUUUCUUUUUAUUAAAAUAGUCUUAGAAGCCAGUGUUUCCAAAAUGAUUUGUGGCUCAAGAACUCCGCUUAUAUUCCGUUCAUCGCUAUGGCGUGUAAGGAUCAUUCAGAAUUACUCAAAGGACAGCAAAACGCAAAACGCUCUCAUGCGAUUGGGCACCAGCCCCCGAAAUGUUCGAGAUCAUCCCGAGGGAUGCACACCCCAGACUUUGAACACAACCGCCUUCGCUUCCCCGGAUUUCAUUCCGCCAUCAACCUAUCGAAUUGUGGAAAAUGAGGAGAAGCUUGGACUCAAAGCAGGAAAGAAGGAAACCUACAAGAAUCCAGAGUACUACAGCUAUUACCGAUACUCGUACUACGACCUCAAAACGAUCGUCGAUACUAUUAAAAAACAACAAUCAUCCAAAAAGUAAUAAUAAAAAUUACCGUAUGGGUACACAACGAUAAAAACUACACGUCCAAGCUAUAAUGAAAAUCAAAUUGAAGUGUUAUUAAAGGCA